AUGAGUGAUGCUGUGACAUUUGUUACAGGAGCUUCAGGUGAACAGUUCCAUGUGAACCAAGCUGAGAGCUCUGUGUCAGUCAAGGCUGGAGAUGAUACCAGCGUCCACCCUUGUGUAGACACCUACCAUGUGACCAGCAGUGUUCUCAUCCUGCUGAAGGCUGACGAUGUGCACUCCCUUGUCCUCUGCCAAACCAAGGACAGAUCCAUACUCUUUUCCCACAAAACCAUCAGACUGGGCCACUACCUGCAUGGUCCAGAGAUGCCCGCCCUUAUCUUUGUGGCUUUCCUCCUGGCCUUCCAAGUGCUGCUGGUGAUCUGUUUCAUAGUCACCUAUUUCCACAGGUGGUGGAACUUGGAACAGCUCCUGAAUACCUUGAUAUACUGCCUUUUGCCCUGUGCAAGGGGCUCAAGUGGAGACAAGCUAACACAGAAGUUCAGGUUCUCCCCAAGACACAUUUGGACAGAGCAGGCUCCUCUGGCCUCCACGAUGCCCAUCCCUGCCUCCUGGUUCCACCUUCCUCCUCUUUGCCUGCAGUUGACUCUACUGCUUGGACUCACAGGAGUGGCAGGUGAGGACGAGCUGCAAGUGAUUCAGCCUGAGAGGUCAGUGUCAGUUGCAGCAGGAGAGACGGCCACGCUGCGCUGCACCAUUACCUCCCUGCUCCCCGUGGGGCCCGUCGCGUGGUUCAGGGGAACUGGGCCAGGAUGGGAGUUAAUCUACAGUCAACAAGGAGGCCUCUUCCCCCGAGCAGCAACUGUUUCAGAUACUACAAGGAGAAACAACACGGACUUUUCCAUCCGCAUCAGUAACAUCACCCCAGCAGACACUGGUGUUUACUACUGUGUGAAGUUCAAGAAAGGAGACCCUAACGACACGGAGGUUAAGUCCGGACCAGGCACUCAUCUCACUGUGAGUGCCAAGCCUUCUCCUCCCAUGGUAUCAGGCCCUGCCGUGAGGGCCUCACCUGAGCAGACAGUGAGCUUCACCUGCACAUCCCACGGCUUCUCCCCCAGAAACAUCUCCCUGAAAUGGUUCAAAAAUGGCAAUGAGCUCUCCGCCUCCCAGACCAACGUGGACCCAGAGGGAGACAGCGUUUCCUACAGCAUCUCCAGCACAACCAGGGUGCUGCUGGCCCCGGGGGAUGUCCACUCCCAGGUCAUCUGCGAGGUGGCCCACGUCACCCUGCAGGGGGGCCCUCCUCUCCGUGGGACUGCCAAGCUGUCUGAGACCAUUCGAGUUCCGCCCACCUUGGAGGUUACCCAACACCCCACAGCGGGGAACCAAGUGAACAUCUCCUGCCACGUGAACAAGUUCUACCCUCAGCGCCUACUGCUGACUUGGACCGAGAACGGAAAAGUGUCCCAAACAGAAACAGCCACGACCCUCAUAGAGAACAAGGACGGGACCUUUAACCGGACGAGCUGGCUCCUGGUGACCUCAUCUGCCCACAGGGAGGCCGUGCUGCUCACCUGCCAGGUGGAGCAUGACGGGCAGCCGGUGGUCACCAAAAACUAUACCCUGGACCACUCUGCUCCCCAGAAGGAACAGGGCACCACCAAUAAACCCCCUGGCCCAGAACUGUCUUCUUCUCUCCUGGCAGCUCUCCUCCUAGGCCCCAAGGUUGUGCUGCUGGUCGGUGUCUCUGUCAUCUGUGUCCACAGGAAGCAUUGGGCCUGA